AGACAGGCGCGCUCACAGUAGGAAAUGAGGGGUUUACCUCCGCCUGUACUUACUCGACGACAUGUGAAUGUUAGAAAGUUACACAACAGUUUUUAAGGUAGAUGUGUUGCACUGAACGCGGGUUAUGCGUGGGGUCCCAGUGUCCGGCUGAACUACAGGGAGGAUGGCGAGCGAUAUGGAGCCAAUAAAGAAAGAUACCAAGAGCAACCCGUCCGCCACGGCGAAUCUCUUCUCACAGAUAUUUUUCUGCUGGCUGAACCCUCUUUUCCGUAUUGGAUCCAAGAGAAGACUUGAAGAAGAUGACAUGUAUAAAGUGCUUCCGGAGGAUGGGUCCAAGAGACUCGGGGAAGAACUGCAGAGCUACUGGGACCAAGAAGUGGAAAAAGCAACCAAAGAACUCAGGACACCCAAACUCACCAAAGCCAUGAUAAGGUGCUACUGGAGAUCAUAUGCAGUACUGGGAGUGUUCACUCUUAUAGAGGAGAUGAUUAAAGUGAUUCAACCAGUGUUUUUGGGAAAACUCAUUCUGUAUUUUGAGAGCUAUAACCCUGAUAAUGCAGAGCUGUACGAAGCUUAUGGGUAUGCAGCAGGCGUCUCUCUCUCCACUCUGGGUCUGGCGUUACUCCACCACCUCUACUUUUACCACGUCCAAAGAGCUGGAAUGAAAAUCCGCAUUGCAAUGUGUCACAUGAUCUACAGAAAGGCACUGUGCCUUAGUGCCACAGCUAUGGGCCAGACAACCACUGGGCAGAUUGUUAACCUUUUGUCAAAUGACGUCAACAAGUUCGAUGAGGUGACUAUUUUUCUGCACUUCCUGUGGGUGGCGCCUCUGCAAGCUGCAGCUGUGAUUGGUCUGCUUUGGCAAGAGAUUGGAGCAUCAUGCCUUGCGGGCAUGGCAGUUUUAUUCUUUCUUAUGCCACUUCAGACCAUUUUUGGGAAGCUGUUUUCAAAGUACAGGAGUAAAACCGCAGCCUUCACUGACAGUAGGAUACGCACUAUGAAUGAGGUGGUGUCUGGUAUACGUAUAAUUAAGAUGUAUGCCUGGGAGAAGCCAUUCGCAGCACUGGUUAAUGAUGUACGAAGGAAGGAGAUCUCAAAAAUCAUGAGCAGCUCUUACCUCCGAGGACUGAACAUGGCCUCGUUCUUUGCGGCGAAUAAAAUCAUCCUGUUUGUGACGUUCACUGUGUAUGUUCUGGUGGGCUACAAAAUCUCUGCCAGCCGUGUGUUUGUGGCUGUGUCGCUGUACAGCGCCGUCCGCCUCACUGUUACUCUGUUCUUCCCUGCUGCUAUCGAGAAAGUGUCCGAGUCUGCCAUCAGCAUCCGGAGGAUCAAGAAGUUCCUCUUGCUCGACGAGCUUGUGAAAGCCCACGUUCCUCUUACUCAGGAGGAUAAGAAAGAGGCGUCUGUGGAGAUACAGGAUCUCAUAUGCUACUGGGACAAGACUCUGGAUGCGCCAACUUUACAAAAUGUGUCCUUUACUGUGAAGCCAGGUCAACUUCUGGCUGUUAUUGGUCCUGUGGGGGCUGGAAAGUCUUCUCUCCUCAGCACUGUUCUGGAGGAGCUUCCAGCAGAAAAGGGUGUGAUAAAGGUCAAAGGUGAGCUGACGUAUGCCUCCCAGCAGCCUUGGGUUUUUCCAGGAACCAUUCGGAGCAACAUACUGUUCGGAAAAGAGCUGCAGCCCCAGCGUUAUGAGAGCGUCCUCAGAGCCUGUGCGCUCAAAAGGGACAUGGAGCUGCUUCCUGAUGGGGAUUUGACUGUGAUCGGAGACAGAGGAGCAACCCUCAGUGGGGGACAGAAAGCUAGAGUCAACCUGGCCAGAGCUGUGUAUCAGGAUGCUGAUAUUUACCUGUUGGAUGAUCCUUUGAGUGCAGUGGAUGCAGAAGUGGGCAGACACCUAUUUGAACAGUGUAUUUGUGGUAUCCUGAAGGAAAAGCCCAGGAUCUUGGUUACUCACCAGCUGCAGUACCUGAAGGCUGCAGAUCAGAUCCUGGUUUUGAAGGAGGGACACAUGGUGGCACGUGGCACAUACUCCGAACUGCAGCAAUCAGGAGUGGAUUUCACCUCUCUGCUGAAGAAGGACGAGGAAGAGGAGGGUGAAAAGGAAGAGGCUCCUCGCUCCCCCCGCAACCGCACCAUUUCACAGAACUCCGUCCGUUCUCAUUCUUCAUCUGUUCUGUCUGUUAAAGAUGAAUCUGAUCAGCUGCCGGCGGAGCCUGUGCAUACCAUGGCCGAGGAGACACGCACUGAGGGGACCAUCGGCCUUCGCAUGUACUGGAAAUAUUUCAGAGCUGGAGCCAACGUCAUUAUGCUGAUUUUGUUUGUUCUCCUCAACUUGCUGGCACAGGCUUUUUAUAUUCUUCAUGACUGGUGGCUUUCUUACUGGGCCACAGAGCAGAGGAAACUGGACUUUCAUUCCACUAACAUCACUGCCAAUGGCACAAAUGGCACUAACACGAAUCAAGAGCUCAACCUGGAUUUCUAUCUUGGCGUCUAUGCAGGCUUAACAGGAGCCACCAUCAUCUUUGGCUUCAUGCGCAGUCUGUUUAUGUUUAACGCUCUGGUGAGCUCAGCGGAGACGUUACACAACCGCAUGUUCAACAGCAUCCUGAGAACCCCGGUCCGCUUCUUUGACAUCAACCCCAUUGGAAGAAUCCUCAACCGGUUCGCCAAAGACAUCGGCCACCUUGAUUCCUUACUUCCGUGGACAUUUGUAGAUUUUAUCCAGGUGUUUCUGCAAAUCAUUGGAGUCGUCGCUGUGGCGUCUUCCGUCAUCCCUUGGAUCCUGAUUCCUGUUCUUCCUCUGUUGAUCAGCUUCCUGUUUCUACGGCGCUACUUCCUGCGGACAUCACGAGACGUCAAGCGGAUUGAAUCCACUACUCGAAGUCCUGUAUUCUCUCAUCUGUCAUCCUCACUGCAAGGCCUCUGCACCAUUCGUGCCUUUAAAGCUGAGGAAAGGUUUCAGCAAACGUUUGAUGCCCAUCAAGAUCUGCACUCAGAGGCCUGGUUCCUGUUCUUGACCACUUCACGCUGGUUUGCAGUGCGUUUGGAUGGAAUGUGUUCGGUGUUUGUGACCAUCACAGCCUUCGGAUGUCUUCUUCUUAAAGACAGUAUGAAGGCGGGAGAUGUGGGACUGGCUUUGUCUUAUGCAGUCACCCUAAUGGGAAUGUUCCAGUGGGGCGUUAGACAGAGUGCUGAGGUGGAGAACAUGAUGACAUCAGUGGAGAGAGUUGUCGAAUACACAGAGCUAGAAAGUGAAGCACCUUGGGAAACCCAAAAACGCCCCCCUCCCGACUGGCCAAAUCGGGGCCUGAUAACCUUCGACAAGGUCAACUUCUCCUACAGCUCUGAUGGACCUGUCGUCCUCAAGAACAUCUCGGCCAUGUUCAGACCCAGAGAGAAAGUUGGAAUCGUUGGUCGGACCGGUGCUGGAAAAAGCUCCCUGAUUUCAGCACUGUUCCGUCUGAUGGAGCCAGAGGGUAAAAUCAUUGUGGACGGAGUCUUGACCUCAGAGAUCGGCCUGCAUGACCUCCGCCAGAAGAUGUCGAUCAUCCCACAGGACCCCAUGCUGUUCACGGGAACCAUGAGGAAGAACCUGGACCCCUUCAGCCAGCACUCAGACCAUGACUUAUGGAAAGCUCUGGAAGAGGUCCAGCUGAAGGCUGCUGUGGAGGAGUUACCUAAUAAACUGGAGACCGAACUGGCCGAGUCUGGAUCAAACUUCAGCGUGGGUCAGCGGCAACUCGUCUGUCUAGCUCGGGCCAUUCUGAGGAAGAACCGGAUUCUCAUUAUUGAUGAGGCCACUGCAAAUGUGGACCCUCGGACGGACGAGCUGAUCCAGAAAACCAUCCGUGACAAGUUUAAGGAGUGCACCGUCCUCACCAUCGCACACAGACUCAACACCAUCAUAGACAGUGACCGCAUCCUGGUUCUGGAUGCAGGUCGAAUCCAGGAGUACGACGCCCCCCAUGUUCUCCUACAGAACCAGAACGGGAUCUUCUACAAGAUGGUGCAGCAGACGGGAAAGGCAGAAGUGGCCUCGCUGCUGCAGACCGCCAAACAGGCGUACAUGAACCGCAGUCCAGUCCACCAGCUCAACGGCUUCGCCACCACAGACGAUGGCAGCUUGAUUAUUUUCGAGACUGCUUUAUAACAGCCCGUGAAGUGCCUGAUGUACACAGCGCACAGCUACGCCCAGCAACGGACACAAGUUCUGCCUCCUCGCCCCAAAACUCCAGGCUGAGCGGAGCUGGAGACGCGUACAUGUGCUCAACACUCAACGUUCACACCAGAGAGGACAGAGCUGCAAUCACACCAGAGGACUUUAUACACCAGCCUUCAGAUUUCUCCAGUAUGACGGCGAUAGGCUAGAGAUUGUACACCACUUUAUAUUAUGAUUAUUAAUAUGUGCCUUAAUGUGUAAGUGUAGUGCCAGGACUGCUAGGGGCCAAAGAAAUAGCUUGCCUUUGCUCAAAUAAAAGUAUGCUAUGAGCUAGACUAAUUUAGUUUUCCCAGUGCCUUUAUACUACAUGGCUGCUGAUUUCUACAGCAACUGUAAGGUCUUAUAAAUAUUAAGACAAUAUUGUACUGAGAGGGCUCUAAAAAGUAAUCAAAAACAGCAUCUGUUUUUGUUUAUUUAUUAUUAUUUGUGAUUGUGACAUCUAAUCAUAUAAUCAAAAAAGAACCACUUUUCAGAGAAUUGCUGGAUAAUCAUUCUGUAAUGCUGUAUUGUUUCUUGGGCAAAGAAAUCUUGCGCAAAAGUCCUUGUGCAAUACAAACAAGGCUGAACUUUACUUUUGUGUUUAAUGUGGCCGUUAAAUGUAAUUCUGUCCCUGAUUCUCUCGAGCUUUUAGAAAAGUGAUUAUUUUUAUGAGUUUGUUGUGAAUCUGUGAGAACGAAAGGGAUGCUGCACACAGGCACAGACACCAGUAGCUUUUCUCUGCUGCUCAUUGUCUUGUAUUUUUUGGAAUGUUACCGUCUUUUUAUGGUUUGAUUUUUGAUUUAAGGAGAGGAGAGAAAGUUGCAGUACCAGCUACAAAUUUUUUUGUCAAAUGCAGUUUAGCCCAACAACUGAAUUCAGUGUUUUUUAACUUCUUGGUUAUUUGUUUGAGGAUUAAGUUAAUGUUUGUUCUUGUAUCCCGUCUGGGUUUGUGUUCUGUUUAAAUUGACAACAUGGACUCUGCUGGUUGGAAGAAUCAGUGUUUACUGUUCAAAAGUCAAAAGUACAUUUUGUAUUAUUUAUAAAUAUUAUUUUCAAAAAUA